AUGGCGACCUCCAGUGGAAAUCAUGCUUCCGAUUUUCAGCAUUCGCAUGUAGAAUCUAAACAAGUGAAAAAAAGAGAGUCUGUUGCGGCUGGUGCUGUGUUCCUCACCUUGACCACAGUUGUGUCUGCUGUCCUUGGCUUUACUGGAGCAUUGGCAUUGACUAAAAAACAAGAUCCUUCUUCUUAUGAAAAGGGUUCAUUAGAUCAUGCCAAGGGGAAGCAGGUCACUGGACAUGCUCUUGCUGCAAAAGCCUUUCGCUGGGGCACACUGUUAGCUUUCUCAGGUGUUGGACUUAUAUCUUUUGGUGUUUGGAAAAUGUUGGGUGUUCAUAAUAUGGAAGAGUUCACUGCUGCUGUCCAAUCAAAGAUGCCUAUAAUUCCUAAGAAGGACGAGAGUGAACAAGGUCGUAGUGAUUUUGCGACUCUAAAAGAACUUGCUGAUUACUUGGUACAGCAAGAUGAAAUCAAGAAAAAGAGAAAGGAAGAAAGUGAUAGACUUAAAGAAAUUACCACAUCACAAGAUGACACAAUUUCUGGUGGGAAGUCAUGACCACGAGAUUUCUGUAUAGAUGAUAUUAUGUUUGCGAGUUUAAAUAUGUUUUGUGAAAACUGAAAGUAACGAAAUUGACAUUAUGGGCUGUUUACGUGUGCAACUGAUAGUGACUUAGGUUACUAGAUAUUUGAAACAUUAGUGUAUAACACCUUUUAGAGAAUUUUAUGGAAUCUUGAGAUGUGUGAAUGAUUGUAAUGAGAGUUUUAUUUUCACUGUGAUUAUUUUAAGGUUA